AUGGAUCACCCUGGCGACUUCGCUCCGGAGGCUUUCUUCGAUCAGAAUUCUAUGCACCAGAUUCAGCACAUCAACCCUACAACAGAACUUGGAUCCGUACCGAAUGUCGCCCUACCCCCAAACCUCACUGUCAUCGAGCAAUUGCAUCGCCGAUGGUAUUCCGGCUGCCUCGAACGCAUAGCCUGGUCGAGACAUGGGAAUAUUGCCAGCAUCUCCGACGAUGGUUCCACCGUCUAUCUCGAGUGUCUUCGGUACAGCCACGAUGCCAAGGCAUGGCAACUCAACGAUAGACAUGCCCUGACCACUAUUUUUGAGGAUGCUGUGAACCUCAGUUGGAGUGCGACGGGAGGCGAACUGGCCGUCGUCGACCUGAAAGGGAGAACUUGGGUCUACCACACCUCCCUUGUCGCCAUUAAUCGCUUGAUCUUGGCUCGUCGAGGAGAUCUGGACGAGCCAAGUGAACUGUCUCAACCCGUCGGUGUAACAUGGCUCAAUCAAGACCGGCAAGAAAGGCUUAGGAAUGUCGUGACGCUUGCCACAAAGGCCGACUCUCGAUGGGUUCACAAUAACGCCAGGGCGAAACCACUCGGCCCCUACUGGCACCGAGCCAUUCUGGUUGUGCACCGCAGUGGUCUUCUCACAUUGUGUUUCCAGAGAGGGGAUGGUCAAUAUACCAAAGUCACCAAGCAUCUGUCGCCCUCUGAAGACAUUUUGUACAGCCAUGCCAGCUUUGCCCCAACGUUGGAAGGCAAGAUGUUAGUCGCUCUGCAUUCGUUCAAAGCCUUGAUAUCGGUGUGUCUCAUCUCCUUCGACUGGACCGAAGUCAGACAAGCGGUUGAGGGGCUUCCAGCCAUCAAUGUCGAGUACGCCCCUAGCAAGGUGUCAUCGCAACCAGCCGGGUCUUCCACGCUGGGGGACAUGUAUGAUCCAGACUCCUGGCGUCUUACUCAUCUAGAGGUCGUGCAAAGUCCAGACAUGGAAAAGGCGGCUCAGACACCUCCAACAAUUCUGGCCAUUUCUUCAGGCGUCAACAAGGCAGUUAGCAUAGUCGAUCACGGCUAUCUGGUUUCAAGCAUGAUUAAAAGAUGGGCUGUGACUUCGGUCGAGCAAAAGCUGCAUCCCCGAUUCGCCGAGUUACCAUCAAAAGGCUCCAGCAAGGUCGGAUCACCCUCCACCUACGCUCUGCAACGUCGCGCAGACAAAGAGGAGCAGGUGAUUACCACGGUCCAUCACGUAGAUGGCUAUCCAGCACUCGUGGUAACGACGCAGGAAGGUCGAACGGACUUUUUGAGCUCGGAGGACUUGUCCCCCGUCUCAUUUGCUGCCUCAGCAACGGAAACCUCUUCCAUGUCCCAAGCAGGCUUCGUGUUCCCAUUCGUACCGAAUGCCGUUUGUUCGAGUUUCUCACCCAGUGCUUGUGUCAAGGCGGACCUUAUGCAGGAUGGGAAGACCCAAAUCGUCACCAUGGAACACCAAGUAGCACAAGUGCAAAUGCAAUCGCAGCAGUCACCAGAUCCCAAUGCUGAUGUGGCCAUUGCUGCUCUGAAUCUGACAUUUGCACGAGCCUGUUGGACGAAUUCGACUUGCGACGACGUGCUGAUGUGUGCUUUACACAGUAUACCGACUGCCAUUACGCCCACCAUCGUCUCGGGCAUGUAUCGGAGUCUCUUCCGUGACAACGAAUUUGUGCACGAGAAGACACCCGGUUCGGAGCUUGAAAAAUUGUUUCACAAACAGGUCAUGGGGCGAGUCAUGGCUUACCACGCAUGCCUCGUUGCCAAUUGCCCACAGCUUCCCUCCAUUGCUCCAACUGAGGGGAGAAAGGGCUGGUCUUUAAGUGCGCAGUGGGCAUGGGUUGCGAACAACAUACGCCACACGGCGACUCUGCUCUUCAUGAACUUGAAAGAAGUACAAAAUCUGAACGUUGUCAUGACCGAGGAUUUCACCGACAUGCUCUGCUCUAAUAUUAGAUGGGGAUUGUCGGUCGUCCGAUUCAUCAUCAGCACAAUUCUGGAAGUGGGUGACAGAGAGACAAAUCCCGAAAUGUUCGACGACAAGGACAUUGGACGCUUAGGAGAUACCAAGGGUGAUGGCAGCCAGGGGCUGGUCGCCCUUCUCAUAAAUAUACAUUGCUCUCGCCAAUUUCUUGUUGCAUUUGUCAGGGCUGUGAGAGCUUACGCCAAAGGCACGGAACCGAAAACACCACAUCACGUUCAAGUGCUUCAGUGUAUUCAGCAGCAAACCACCAACAAAGGAAUCAGCUUUCAGGCCAUUGAAGCACUACUGGAAUAUCGCUGGUCCGGGCCAGGCGACAUCGAAGGUGACAUUCCUGGAACUGCUACCAGACAGCUCGACAUGAUGGCGACAGGCAUCGUCCACGAAGCGUAUCAAGGAACGAUCAAAGUCUUAUUGAACAAGCUGUUCAACAGUCCAGUCGGGUUACGGGCGAAAAUGCUGAUCGAUCGACUGAAACUCUUUACGGACCAGGUCGACAUCGAGUAUGUGUUUUUGAACCAAGACAUACUCGGUCAUCAAAGUGAUGGGUCCAAGACGUCCUCCGUCGUCUAUGAUGUCCACCGCAAGAAGCCGAUAUUGAAAGGCGCACCGGAUCCGAGUGGCACAGGCGUGCUCAUGGUUCGCCGGUGCAUGAGAUGUGGCAGUUUCAAUGAGGAUAUCAGCGUCUCACCGCGUGAUUGGCCAAGACAAGUCGCCGGGCUUCUGGCGAGAUGUGUCUGCGAUGGGCAUUGGGCUCUCGAGCCCUGGGAGCGUAGCGGCAACUGA